CCGGAGCAGGGGCGGGAAGGGCUGAGGGGCACCUGUCAAUUCGCCACCAUGAACGUGGUUUUUGCUGUGAAGCAGUAUAUUUCCAAAAUGAUAGAGGACAGCGGCCCUGGCAUGAAAAUACUUCUCAUGGAUAAAGAGACGACUGGAAUAGUGAGUAUGGUGUACACCCAAUCAGAGAUUCUUCAGAAGGAAGUGUACCUCUUUGAACGCAUUGACUCUCAAAAUCGAGAGAUUAUGAAACACCUGAAGGCAAUUUGUUUUCUCCGACCUACAAAGGAAAAUGUGGAUUGUCUGAUCCAGGAGCUCCGGAGACCCAAAUACAGUACAUAUUUUAUUUAUUUCAGUAAUGUGAUCAGCAAGAGUGACGUGAAGUCUUUGGCUGAAGGUGAUGAACAGGAAGUUGUGGCUGAGGUUCAGGAAUUCUAUGGCGAUUACAUUGCUGUGAAUCCACAUUUGUUCUCCCUGAAUAUUCUGGGCUGCUGCCAGGGUCGAAAUUGGGAUCCAGCUCAGCUAUCCAGAACAACUCAAGGACUGACCGCUCUCCUUUUGUCUCUGAAGAAGUGUCCCAUGAUUCGAUAUCAGCUUUCAUCAGAGGCAGCAAAGAGACUUGCCGAAUGUGUUAAGCAAGUAAUAACUAAAGAAUAUGAACUGUUUGAAUUUCGGCGGACUGAGGUUCCUCCAUUGCUCCUUAUUCUAGAUCGCUGUGACGAUGCCAUCACUCCAUUGCUAAACCAGUGGACGUAUCAGGCCAUGGUCCAUGAACUCCUGGGCAUAAACAACAAUCGGAUUGAUCUUUCCAGAGUGCCAGGCAUCAGUAAAGACUUGAGAGAAGUGGUCCUGUCUGCUGAAAAUGAUGAAUUUUAUGCAAACAAUAUGUAUCUGAACUUUGCUGAGAUUGGUAGCAAUAUAAAGAAUCUCAUGGAAGAUUUUCAGAAGAAGAAACCAAAAGAGCAGCAAAAACUAGAGUCAAUAGCAGACAUGAAGGCAUUUGUUGAGAAUUAUCCACAGUUUAAGAAGAUGUCUGGGACUGUAUCAAAGCACGUGACAGUGGUUGGAGAGCUGUCUCGGUUGGUCAGCGAACGGAAUCUGCUGGAGGUUUCAGAGGUUGAGCAAGAAUUGGCCUGUCAAAAUGACCAUUCGAGUGCUCUCCAGAAUGUAAAGAGGCUCCUACAGAACCCCAAGGUGACAGAGUUUGAUGCUGUUCGUCUGGUGAUGCUUUAUGCUCUGCAUUAUGAGAGACACAGCAGCAACAGCCUCCCAGGACUGAUGAUGGACCUCAGGAAUAAAGGUGUUUCCGAGAAGUAUCGAAAGCUGGUGUCAGCCGUUGUGGACUAUGGUGGUAAACGGGUCAGAGGCAGCGAUCUCUUCAGCCCCAAAGAUGCUGUGGCUAUUACCAAACAGUUCCUCAAGGGAUUGAAGGGAGUAGAAAAUGUAUAUACGCAGCAUCAACCAUUCCUACAUGAAACUCUGGACCAUCUCAUCAAAGGAAGGCUUAAGGAAAACCAAUAUCCUUACCUAGGCCCCAGCACACUCAGAGACAGGCCCCAGGAUAUCAUUGUGUUUGUAAUCGGAGGCGCCACCUAUGAAGAGGCCCUAACAGUUUAUACCCUAAACCGUACCACGCCUGGAGUGAGGGUUGUCCUGGGAGGAACCACAGUGCACAACACAAAAAGUUUCCUAGAGGAAGUUUUGGCUUCCGGACUGCACGGCAGGAGCAAGGAGAGCUCUCAAAUUACAGGGAGAUCCGGGAGCAGGAGAUGAAAUGGUGAUGAGAGAUGGGAGGAUGGCGCAGUCUCCCCUCCACCUGCUGCCUCUUCCGCCACUGAGCAGCGCUUCCGGAGAGACCUCUGAGCUGUGCUGGUGGUUGGGGCCCAUCGGCAACCCCGGAGCCUGCUGGUUCCAGAACUGUCAACACAGACUCCGCCAAAGCACCCGGCAAUGAGCGGAGAAGUCUGAGCUCAGCCCAGCCUAAUUUUCCUGUGAUUUCUAUGUAAAAUAAAUAUGUUCCUUGUGUUUGGUAGCACAAUCCCUUCCGUUUCUGAUGACUUCUGAAGGGAUCUCACUGAGAAAAGGGUUGGCAGCGUCUAGAGGAGUUUUGUUUACUUUAAAGUCAUCAUUUUGAGUAGAUGCCACAUUCCUCAGUUUCCUCUUCCCCCCUGUCGUCCCUUUUACUUUUCAUUAACUGCAUUCCUGCACAACUCGUUUCUGAAAACGCCCUAUCUUUAGAGAGCCGUCGAAUCGUUGUCCCCAGGUCCUGAGAAACAUGUAGAACUACAAUAAAGAUCUGUUUGUGAAAGA